CGUGACGCCUCAUGGCGCCGCGGCGCCGCGUCACGACGUGGCGCUGUGUGGCGACGUCGCGUGCCAUGACGGUCGCUGUGUCGCGGCGUGGCACUGUGUCGCGACAUGCCACUGUCACGACGUGUCACUGUCACGACAUGCCACUGUCAUGACGUGUCACUGUGCCACGUGCCGUGGCGCAGCGCUGUCACCACGUCGCGACAUGCCGUCGCCUCACGCCACGUCACCGUGUCACUGUCACGACGCGCCCUGUCGCGACAUAACCGCGUCACGCGCCACCAUGUCGUGACAUGUCAUGACGUCACCUCGCGUGUCACCGUCCCGGUGUGUCACAACACGUCACCGUGUCACCACGUCACAACAUGUCCUCAUGUCACGUGUCCUCAUGUCACGACACGUCACCAUGUCACAACGUCACCAUGUCACGACGUCACCAUGGCACGACGUCACCAUGGCACGACGUCACCGUGGCACGAUGUCACCAUGUCACGACACGUCACCAUGUCACAACAUGUCACCAUGUCACGACAUCACCGUGUCACGACAUCACCAUGUCACGACGUGUCCUCAUGUCACCAUGCCACCAUGUCACAUGUCCUCAUGUCGCGACGUGUCACCAUGUCACGACGUCACCAUGUCAUGACACGUCACCAUGUCACGACGUCACCGUGUCAACGACGUCACCGUGUCAACGACGUCACCGUGUCGCGACGCGUCACCACGCUACCGCGGGUCUCUGUCGCGACACCGUCGCGCGUCACCGCCGUGACGUCAUCGUCAGCGCCGCCACGUCGUGCCGUGUCGCGACGUGCCCCCCCCUGUCGCGACGUGUGUGUGUCGUCCCCCCCCCCCCCCCCAGCGUGUCAUGACGGAGCCGCGCAGCCAAUAAACGGGAACGGAGCCGGCCCCAGCGGUGGACUGGGGGGGACUGGGAGCCGCUGGCUACCAACUGGGG